UGUGGAUCUAGUUUCGUGGCCGUCUCAGUCUCUUCAAAAUCUUAACGCCCACGCGUCGGUCACCCACUUCACGAACCCCAAAUAAAUAAAUUCAAGGAGAACUCAAAUCAGAACCUGCUUCGAUAUAGGAACCCUAAUCUCACCCAAAAAACAAGACACGCACCAUAAAAAGCAAUUCUCUGAUUCUAGAAUCCGAAUCGAUUAAAAAUCAAAACCAAAAAUUUCGUUUCUUUCGAAGAGCUGAAAAGAAAGAAGGUGAAUUUGUGUUAAAAAAAAACGACUUCGUGAUUGAGAUUAUGAUAGUGAGUAGUCGAAAAACGGUGACCGAAACAGCAGACAUGAUGUGUAAUGUUAUUGAUGUGCAAUAUCAACUCUGCCUGGCUAAAGAUCAGCAGAACAUGACUCCUUCCACUCCUGUUUUUGAUUCGAUUUCCACAGAAAUCUCGCGUUUUGAGUCGGUUGUGAGCUGCACAGAGACCCUUAAUGAAACUGUUGUUGAGUCUUCUGCUGCCAAGCCUUUUCCAUGCAUCCGUUCUGGUAGCUAUGCUGAUAUUGGAACAAGGCUGUCUAUGGAUGAUGAACACAUUAGGAUUGAUGAUCUAUCUGCCCUCCUGAGUUAUUUCAAGUGUCCAAGUUCUUUUUAUGCAGUUUUUGAUGGUCAUGGAGGGCCUGAUGCAGCUGCUUAUGUCAAGAGGAAUGCAAUGAGAUUGUUUUUUGAAGAUUUUGACUUGCCACAAAUAUCAGAUAUUGAUGAUAUCUUCCUAAAAGAACUGAUUAAUUCCCAUAGAAAAGCAUUUUUGCUGGCUGACCGUGCAUUGGCUGAUGAAAGCAUUGACAGUUCAUGUGGAACGACAGCAUUGACUGCCCUAGUUCUUGGAAGGCAUUUAGUGGUUGCAAAUGCUGGUGACUGCCGAGCAGUUCUAUGUAGGAAAGGAGUAGCUGUUGAUGCGUCUCAAGAUCACAAGCCUUCUUAUUUGCCAGAACGUAGGCGGGUUGAGGAGUUGGGUGGUUAUAUCGAAGAUGAAUAUGUUAAUGGUUAUCUUUCUGUUACAAGAGCCCUUGGAGACUGGGAUUUUAAGCUUCCACUUGGCUCCACAUCACCUCUCAUUGCUGAGCCGGAUGUUCAACAGUUUAUGUUAUCAGAGGAUGAUGAAUUUAUGAUCAUUGGUUGUGAUGGUAUCUGGGAUGUUAUGUCAAGCCAGCAUGCUGUAAGCCUUGUCCGUCGUGGGCUUAGGCGGCAUAAUGACCCAGAACUCAGUGCCAGAGAACUAGUCAUGGAAGCAUCACGCCUCCAUUCAGCUGAUAAUCUCACUGCUGUUGUUGCCUGCUUCUCGUCACCUAAUCCUGUUGAGUCAUGCCCACCUCAGAGACGAAGGUUGAGGUGCUUCUGCCUCUCUGAGGAGGCUCGGAACAAGCUGAAGACCUUGUUUGAAGGCAAUUGAUUGUGCAUUCAAAUUAUUUCACAUUAUUUACUGAUAUUUGAUAUGGUAAAGAGUUUUUAUCUGUUUGUGGCUGUUUCAGAUGGUUUAGAAAAAAUAGCCAUCAGUUUUGUAGGGUAGAGGAGAAUGCGGGAUUAGGGUAAUACAUCAAGUAAGAUGUGAGUCUCUGGUGUAAUGCAGCCAGUAGUUUUUAUCUGUUUCUUGUUUUGUUCUCGCUUUUA